AUGCCCGACACCGAGACGGGGCCCGACCCCCCAGAGCCGACGUGGGUGGUAGAAUGGGAUGGCCCCUGUGACUCGGAAAACCCCCAUAACUGGUCCCUCCGGUACAGGUGGUUCAUCAGUUUUGUACUCGUUGUUUUACCCUUGAUCGUCAACAUCGGGUCCAGCAUCAUGAGUGGCACUCUUACCUCACUGGAGAAAGAAUUCCACAUCAGCUCCGAGGUGGCCAUUCUGACGACCACUACCAUAUUUUUGAUGGGGUUUGUCACAGGUCCCUUGAUCUUUGGCCCACUGUCUGAGAAGUACGGAAGGCGAUGGCCCAUUCUCAGCGGUGUCGUGCUCUUCUCGACCUUCUGUAUUCCGAUUGCAGUGGCAGAGAACUUCUAUACCAUUCUGAUCUCACGCUUCUUCAGCGGCGCCUUCGGGGCGUCGUCAAUGGCUGUGACAGGGGGAGCCUUGACAGACGUUUGGAACACCGCAGUCAGUCGAGGCAUCUCGCUAGACUGCUUCGUGGCCACAGCCUUCGUGGGUCCCGUUAUCGGGCCCAUUGUCGGCGACUUUAUCACGGAGAGCUAUCUAGGCUGGCGAUGGACCAUGUGGGUCACGAUGAUCGCCGCCUAUAGCUUCUCCAUCCUCGCGUGGGUCGUCCUGCCCGAGACUUAUGCACCCACGCUGCUCACGGCCAAGGCGGCGCGACUACGAUUUCAAACCAAGAAUUGGGCACUCCAUAGUAAGAUGGAAGAGGAAGGGGAGACAACGUUUAUGUCCUUCGCGCAGAUUUAUCUGUUGCGCCCGUGGACUCUUCUUGCGACGGAGCCCAUCAUGAUGCUGGUUACCCUGUACAUGAGCUUUCUCUAUGGACUGCUAUUCCUGUUCUUCGAGGGCUUCCCCAUCUCAUUCGUAGAGGAACGUGGGUGGAAGCCCCAAAUUGGAUCACUUUCCUUCCUGAGUCUCUUCGUCGGCAUCAUCCUAGGACUGAUGGGCAUGGUGACUUGGUCUAUGACCAUCUUCGCCCACCAGGUCAACUCGACACCGGGUAAGGUGGUGCCGGAGCGUCGUCUGCCGCCGAUGAUCGUGGGCGCCGUCGGACUCCCCAUCGGACUGUUCUGGUUCGCGUGGACAAGCAAUCCUAGUAUCCCCUGGGGUGCGGAGAUCAUUGCGCCGGCGCUGGUGUCGGCAUCGAUGUUCGCCACCUUUAUCUCGGGCCUGAAAUAUAUCGUCGACGUGUACCUGAUCUACGCGAACAGCGCCAUCUCCGCCAAUACCGUCGUCCGGAGCUGCUUCGGGGCCGGAUUUCCUCUCUUUGCCAAUGCUAUGUACCACCGGCUGGGCUUUCCCUGGGCGACCAGUCUGUUGGCGUUUCUGGCCGUCGCUUUGGCCCCAGUCCCAGUCAUCUUCUAUCUGUUUGGGCAGAAGAUUCGACUGUGGUCGCGCAUGUCGGCCAACAAAACCUGA